CUCUACCUUUCUAAAUAUUUAAAGCCUAUAGCUUUCAGUAUCUGGUUGCAGUCUGUAGAGAAACAGCAGUCAGAACCAACAAUGGCCCAGCUUGUGUCUUCCCUGGGUCUGUUCUGCCAGGUUAAUGCAUUUGCCUGCCUGGUUCUCUGCUACCUGCUCUUCAUUGUGCUGGGAGGCCUGGUGUUCACAGCUGUGGAGAAGCCGGUGGAGAAGGAGCUGAGAGCUGAGGUGGAGGAGCUGCGUCGUUCCUUCCUGCAGGAGCACCCCUGUGUACUGGAGAGCAGGCUGAGCGAGCUGCUGGGGAAAGCGCUCUCUGCUCACCACGGUGACGUAGCUGUUCUGAAGGCUGAUUCCGAUGAGAGACACUAUGAUUUCACAUCAUCACUCUACUUUGUCAUUGUCACUCUCACCACUAUGGGUUCUGACUCUUACGCCCCUAAAUCAGAUGAGGCCAAGCUCUUCUUUAUCUUCUACUGCACCCUGGGGAUCCCCCUCACCCUGUUUCUCCUCACCCUCCUCUCCAACAUGCUCCUCCCUGUCAUCACCCAUGUUCCUGUCCACCACCUGCACACUUACUGGGGUUUGCCCUACACCUGGGCCGCCCUCGUGCACGCCAUCCUCCUCUCGGUGCUUGUCCUCGCUCUCCUUUUCCUCCUCCCCGCCCUCUUGGUCUGUGUCGUGGAGCCCGACUGGAGCUUCCUGGAUGCUCUUUUCUUCUGCUUUGUCAUCCUUAGCACCGUUGGCCAGGGAGGAAACUCUCUGGGGAGAACCUGGGGCCCAACGGCCAAGGAGACACUCAAACUCUUCACCACAUGUUACCUGCUGGUGGGCCUGGUGGUGAUCAUUACUUUUAAGGAUACUGUCCUGCAGGUUCCCUGGGUCUGUGCGGUGAUGAGGCUCUUCUCUGGUCCACAGUAUGCAGAGCUGGAAGGUGUCCAUAUCAAUGAACUGACACUGAGUGAAGACAACUGUGAGGACGAGCCUCAGUACUCCCAGUCAGUCUGUACCAUCUCCUCCAUUCCAUUAGAGUUGAUGAGCCCCUAUUCAGACCGGCCUGCUGUUGCAGACCUCCGCAGAGCCAGAACCUCAACUCCCGAAACCGCCUGACCUUCACAACUUUUAUUUUUUAUUUGAAUUUAUUUAUGUAGCGCCAAUUCAUAACAGGAGCUAUCAUUGCACUUUUCAUAUAGAGCAAAUCUAGACCGCUGAGUGAGCCAGCAGAAUUGGUGAUAAUUCUCUGUAUGUUCGUCACUGAGUGACUUCUUUCACACUACACGUAGUCAUUUGAUCCAUUGUUAAUAUAAAACUUUUAGUGCAGCUUUAAAUUUGAUGUUUUUCUUUUG